UAUUACGAAAUAUAAUUCAAGAAAUACAAAAAAAAUGUUACGAGUUUAAAUACUAUAUGCCAUGUAUAGUGUUCACUUACUUGCAAGCAAAUCUAUUCACAUAAUGCGUAGAAGUUAAAUGUUUACAUUAGUGGAUGCAGCUAGCGAAAAACAUACACACUGGUUUACCGAGCUCUGUGGUCUGUUGAAGAAAAAACAAACCCUUACAGGAACAGGGUGUAAUAGAAGUUAUUGUUUAUGUUAGAUUAGUGGCGGCUGUAUGCAGUAUGCUGUAUCAAAUAACUAUUAAUUGUUGGUACUUAUUAAAUGGUCGGUGGUCAUGGUUGACUAUUUAGUAUACCAGUUGGACGUAACAAAUUAAAAAAUUGAGGUUUAUUUAUGACGAUAAAAAGAUGUAUCGUCUGUACAACUGUUACGAUCAGUGUGUUGUUUGAUAUGUACAAUAUAUUAUGAUAGACACUCGUGAUGGAGCUAUCGCUGCAGUUAUUGUCGUUAAUCGCAUCGCUGUUGUGUCACCCUGUCGUUUUGGUGUCCACCCGACGGAACAUCACUAGACAUGUGUAUUUUGGUCAUGGUAGCCAAAAGGUCGAUGGCGGAGCGGUGGAUUCCAGAUGUCAACCGUGUACGUGCGGUGUUGGAUAUCCCGGAUCGAGGAUCGUGGGCGGUAGCGAAGUCAGAGAAAACGAAUAUCCUUGGAUGGCAUCGCUAUGGAAUGUCAAGAAGAAGUUCUUUUGCGGUGGUUCAAUCGUCACCGAUCAGUACGUACUCACGGCCGCCCACUGUUUUAGCGAAGUGCCGGCGACCAAUUAUCGGGAGAUUCACGUUGUGCUCGGGCAGACCAGAAGGCCCGGCAGACUGUACACGGGCGGUCCGCACGUCAUCCGUGCGUCGGUAGUGAAGAUACACCACAAGUAUAAUCGACUGGGGGCGAACGUGCACGACAACGACAUAGCGUUAGUCAAGAUGGUCAGACCCGUGAAGUUUGAGCGUACCACCCAGUCCAUUUGUCUGCCUAUGAUCAGAUACGACUACGGCGGGCUAACCGCGGCCGUGGCCGGUUGGGGGCAGUUGAGCGAAUUUAGCAGCACGUCGCUUAGCCUCAGACACGCCACGCUUCCCGUUUGGACCGAAAAGGAAUGUGCCGCCGUACCCGAGAUCGAGAAAACGGGAUACACGCCCAACAUGAUGUGCGCCGGGUUUCAGGAAGGAGGAGUGGAUUCGUGUCAGGGCGACAGCGGUGGACCUUUGAUGCUUUAUGAUAAUAGCGAAAAAUUAACAGUGGCAGGAAUCGUAUCUUGGGGUAUCGGGUGCGGAGCUCCAAAACUUCCUGGAGUGUACACGAGGGUUGACAAAUAUCUGGGAUGGAUAAUGAGAAACACGAAGGAUAGUUGCCACUGCACAAACUGAAUCCAUUUUUCAUGACUGUUGUUUAUGCCCACUGUAAUAAAAAUGCGAGUUUCUAUUGUUUAAAUGAUAUAAUACAUUUUAAUAUAUUAUUUAUGUACAUACUUAAAUAGUAGAUUAGUACGUAUAAUAUAAUACGAGCUGACUAACACACGACUUUGUCUGGAAUGAACAUCAUUAUUAUCCAUUCACACAAGGGAAAAAAAAUAAUAAAAAUAACUGGGCAAGUCAGUUAGCUGUGUGCCUGUUUUAUCAUUGAGUAAAAUGCUAUCGAACGUUAUCAUUUUUGGUCGAACGAUUGAGAACACUUAAAAUUAAUAAAGAAUUUACCGCUGACCCCCAAAAAAAUCCAAAAAUAAUACGAUUGAGAACGAA